UAGAAAGGGGACACUUACUGAAAGGGGUUAUUGGAGGGACUCUUAAAUAAAACUAUAAGGACGCGUAGUGGAGAAUGAAAUAAUAAUAUAAAUAACGGUAGGAUAAGAAGGUGAUACAAACUUGGAAAAUAUUUUGACAAAUCUCUAAAAAGGCGUAUUUUAUUGGCCAAAGCCCGUGUCAUGCUAAACCACUAUCAACUUUGCUACAACAGGGACAACUUCCGCGGAUUUUCCACGAGCUUACGGCUAUUAUAUUUAUAUUAUAUACAACAGCGAAAAAAUGAAAUAUGACUCCCCUUCAACAUUAUAUACCAAUAUUUGGUUACAGCUAAUAUUAGCUAACUUGCAGCAAGUACGCAAAUUUACUCGUGAUUAUCAUCUUGCCACAGGAGUGAGUGAGAGAGAGAAUAACAAGCGUGGCAAAGGUAGGAACGUGAUGGAAGCUCAGUGUCUCCUCGAGUUGACGGGCUCUUUAUUCGCAGAAGUUUUUAAACAUUCUUGAGCUCCAGAGCUCUUUGUGAUAAACCUUGUUUUGUCUUGAAGAGGUCUGGAGACGAGAUAAUUUUUAAGGUUUUUCUUUGUUAAUUUGAAGCCUUGUUGGAUUUUAACUAGUAAGGAUAAAUAUGUUGUUGUUUUCCAACUCAUAUAAGUUUUUGCUAGCUUAUUUUUUUAUUUCAUUUUCAUUAUUUAUAUUUAUUGUUCAUCAUUAAUUCGUUUGCUUUAAAAAAUAAUUUAUUUUCACUCACACUCACGAGAAAUUACCCAAAAUGUGAGUACAAACUUUAAUUAUAUCCAGUUUUCUUCGACAAACCAUUUUUAAUUUUCUUUUUCAUUUUAUGUUUAUUUUUACGUUUAUUUUCAUUUUAUAUUAUUUGAUUUUAAUUUUAUUAUAAACUUUUUACUUUUAUCAUUUGUUUAUUUAUUCUCUCCAUGGAAACUUUUAAAAAACAAAUCUAUACUAAGAUCCUUAAAUUCUUCACACCGAUGCUGUCAUUUGGUCUUUAGCUCUAUUUUUUUCCAGGAAUCUUUCUUCCAUUCUGUCAGGUAAAAAGAAACAGAAGAGCUUGGAAACAAGCUUGCAUAUCUACUUGAAAAAAGUUAACUAAUGUUGCAAAAAAUAAUUUUGCUAGGUCAUCAAGACACUCAAACAUCCUUUGAUAAUCAAAGCAUGUUUGUUUGUUUGUUUGUUUAUUUUGUCAGUUUGUUUUCCUUUUCUUUCUACUAACUAUGUUCUUGUUACAUGAAUUGUAAAGUUUUUUAGCAUGCUUGAAUUUUAAGGGGAAAUACAUAAUUAUAUAUCUCGUCUCCAGGUCAUUUUGCCUUUUUGAGUAUUUUGGUAGCAAACGGCUCAGGAGCCAAGAGACCCUGGGGACGAGUACGGUUUUUUCUGAAAAAAUUAUCGUCAUAAGAAAUAUGAUUUUAAAAAAAAUAAGAAGCAACUUAUUUAAACUACGAUCUUGAUUAUGUAAAAAUAAAUUUCUUCGUAUGUGAACAGCGCGAAGUGUGCAGUGCUGACACGCCAUUUCAAAAGUUGCGUAGCCAUUUUUAAUUUUCCUGCAAUUAAAGCAAGUUAGACUUUGACUUCACGUUCCUCGUAGCGAAGCUUACAGAAAGUGCUAAAAUGGAGAGGCUCUUUUAAGGGAUUUGAGAUGUAUAUACCUUGAGUACCUUGAGAUAUAUUUUUACAUAUCAGCUUGUAUUAAGCCUUGAUUUUUACUAAUGCCAAUCUCAAGUUGUUUUGGAAAUUCGCGAAUUACAGCACGACAUGUUAGGAUUUAAUACAGGUGCUUAAAUGUAAACAAAGACGUGCUAAGAUGGGUAAUAAAUGUCUCAAAAGAACCUCUUUUUUUCUGUACUUCUUGUAGGUUCUGUUCCCGACAACGGAGGGUUCAAAGUCCAGCUUGUACCACUUGGCGGUAAAAUUAAUUAUGGCUGCGGUAAUUCCGAAAAGGCGCGUUGUACUUGUAAUAAAUUAAAUUAACGUAACGGUAAUACGUUCAGUGAUGCAAAAAACUAAAUAAGGGAAAUUCCAUUCCUUGUAUUCAAACCGUCCCAGGUAACGUUAAGGUAGCAUUUCGUUGAGCAAGGAGGCAAGGGGUUCCCAAAUCAUAUACAGAAAAAUCCAGUGUUUUCAGGUUUAAGCACAGCUAUUAAAGCCAUCAGAGGGUAACAUCUUUUAUCGCUUUACUUAGAAUAACAGUCACGCGUUUAUGCCAUACAUUUCCCUUUUUUAAUCAGGAUCCUAUUUUGGCUGUAAGAAAGUGUAAGGAAGUGCGAUAAAUUAAAAAAUUUUGGAAACAAGUUUGUUUCCAGCUCUCCUAGUAAUCAUAUGCUAUCUAAAUUGAUACCAGGUGAAAAAGACUGGGAAUAAAUUGUUACUUGAACGGUCUUUUAUUCCCGCCAUGUGUUUAAUUAAUUUUACUAAUAUAACACUUUUUUUAGAAAAUUAGCGCUAAUGCGCUUUCAGAUCACAAAAAAAUGAUAAAAUGCACUGUGGUGGAGAGCCUUGUUAAUUUGUAACAGUUUACAAUUUUCAUUUUAAUGUAUUCACUUACUUAUUGCAGUCGUGUACGCAGGAGAUUGGGUUCAUCGACGCUGUCGUGAAAAAGAAAUAAAAAGUACCGAAAAAUACAAAAAAAAUUGUGAUGUAAAGAAAUAGAUUAAGAUGGCCGUCAAAACUUACUUGAUUACUGGAGUGUGUAUUUUAUCCGUUAUUGUUGGAUUGACUGGAAAUUUUAUCAUUAUUGUGGUUCGAAUAUAUAAACAAUACAAAAGACGCAACACAACUGCUUAUGCUUUUCUUAUUUCUCAGUUAGCAGCAGCUGACUUCUUAUUCGCCUUUACUCUGAUCUUCGAUAUACAUUCUUUCUUAAACCAAAACAUGUGGCUGUUUGGGUCAGGAACUUGUAAAUUUAUUAAAACAUUACAAUCGACGAGCUUGUCAACAACUGUAGGAUUGUUAACCGCAAUGGCUUAUGAAAGAUACUGUGGUAUAUCUAAACCACUGAAGCAUAGGUGGUCAAUAAAGCGUACAGCUAUAAUCGUUGCUGUAAUUUGGUUUUAUAUAUUCCUUACAUUAAUACCGUUUAUGAAAGCACUCGAUGUACAGGAAGGGAAAUGUUACGAAGUCCACCACUCCUCUGAAAAUUUUCGAAAAGCUUACACAAUGUUUAUGUUUAUAACGAAUUUUGUGAUUCCGUUAAUUUCCAUUGUUAUAUUUCACACCCUGAUGGUCAUAGCUAUGAAAAAACACAAACAAAGUAUUGGAAACUCGCGACAGCGAAGUUCGUACCGAGAGAGUUUUGCUCCGAAAGCCGAAAAAUCUGACGGAACUGAAGACAACCUUAGUGUCAUCGUUGAACUUAAUCGAGAUCAAUCGUGUUGUCGUCAUUACUUGCAUAAACUUCUGAAGGAAAAAAGAAAAGAAAAAAUCUUACAAGAUAAAACAUCCAUGUUGCAUGGCUCUAAAUUUUCUAGAAAAAGUUCACGAAGAAGAAAUGCUUCUGCACAACGCAAGAAUGAUCAUAAACUUGUUAAAAUGCUAGUAGCAGUGACUUUAUGUUUUGUUGUUAUGACCCUUCCUACACAAAUUUUUUAUAUUUGGUAUGACUUCAGCGGAGAAGAGGCUUCAAGCGCUGCGAUGAAAAUACUUGAAGUGUUCGCCAGUUUGGUUUACAUGCACUGCUGGGUAAAUUGUAUUAUAUAUAGCGCAAUGGAUAAAAGAUUUCGCACUGACGUUAAAAAUAUGUUUCGAUUCAUCUUUAAACUACAGAAGCCAAGGAGAAAAUGGACUCCAAGUGGGAAGAAAGCGUUAUUGGUACUUAGCCGGUUUUCUACAAAGAAAUCUACAAGUUCAUCCAGGAGUACGGUUACUGAAAUAGUACAUGCUGAAGAUGUGGUGUGCGAAAUUCAAACUACGGUUUAACGUAUGGAGCGGGAAAUUUGUGGUUGCUUAUGACAGGAACAAGCCAUCUAAGCAGUUUAACAAAUACAAAUAUUCAAGUGGUUAGGAAUGUCCCUGUCAUGGUUUUCUUGUGAAUGCUAUCUGCUUUGAAUUUAUCUGUAAUUUGGUUGCUUGUUUACUUUCCCUUGUCUCUGUUAAUUUUAAAAAGUUAGAAACAACAGCUGCCUUCCUGCGUUUUGUUGUUAUGUAUUUCAAUAAAGUUGUUACGUGUUGCAGUAAUAAUAGUCUGAUGAAACUAAGCUAACCUUAAACUUAAAGUCCUUUUUAGUCGUAGUUCUUUCUCACAUUUUCGGACACUAAUAUUUCUCACAAAGAAUCUUGGAAGCAUCUUUGUUGAAAAAAUGUUUCUUUAAUAUUUUCAGGCAUUGUACCUGCUGCUCUGUGAUAAUGACUCGUGGAGCCAAAGAACCCUGGUGACGAAGAAAAUUGUAUAGAUAUAUAUAUUUUGCUUCUUUUUCUUUGUAAAUAUGAAAUAGUAGAUAAAAUAAAAUAUUAGAAUGAAAUAAUAGAGAGAAAUAAUAUGACAAUAAAUAUAGUACACAUAUCAAA